UAUUUGGGUUUGACAAGAAUAUGACUAGGCGGCACCACCUGCCGUCUUGAAUGGGCAAUUUCGAGCAUGUCACUCAUGCAUCAUGAGAAGAAAAAAAGAAGUGUUUCAGAUGGUGUUCUUUCCGCAAUGAGCCAAAACAAUGUAUUCCCAGUUCCUAGGUUAGUAGUUGUUCCGGUAGAUCUACCGAAUUCAGCGUAUUGGCCCUUGAAAUCAUCCUCACGAACGCUAGUGCACGGUCUACGUCGUUUGUCCGUAAAACGAGUCCUGAUCACCAGGACUAGUCACGCCUGGAGAUGGUGUCCCCGUCGUAGCUUUUCUUGUGUUCUUGUGGCCGUCCGUCUCGACUGCGGCCGAGAGAGAAGCAGCGAGAAGCAUGCCCGUCCGUCGCCGACAGCUCGGCGAGUCGAUGAAAAAGGAUGAGGCUCAGGCACCAGCCUGGGACGUUGGUAGGCCCGUUUCCAUGCCAAGCUUGCUAGGAGGAACGACCCGAGAUCACCGUCAGCAGCAGCAACAACAGCCAGGUUUCUUGCUCUCGAACUUGAAGAAAACUCGACUCUUCGGAUCUUCGGCAGCCUUCAGGCAUUCGACAAACCUCGACCAGCGAGCCGGGCAGUCCAAAGGCCUAGACAGCGGUCUAUCCACGUUGGUUUCCAACGGGCGAGCUGGGCCCCCAGUGCAUCAUCAGUCUAACCAGAAAGAGCACCUGUAUAAGGAGCUGUGCGCAGCAGUCACCGGUUACAACAAGCGCCAUGGCUCUCAACGGUUUCUCAUCUCACAACCCUCCAAAGAUGACCUCAUCUUCUCUGGUGUGAUCGCAAUUGUCUGGGAAGAGAGCAAAGCUGACGGUAACUUUGUCCACACCAAGUCAAUGCUGAUCAACAGUAUCACAACGGUGCGAUCAAUCAUCAACCAAUGCAUUGGAAAGUUUCAUCUUCCAGGCAGCUCGCUCUCCUAUGGCAUCUAUGAGUCCAACAGCCACACGAAAUCUGAGCGUAAGCUACACGAGGAAGACCGACCUCUGGUGUUAAUGGUGUACGGCGACAGCACAAACCAAGGUCUGACGUUCAAGCUGCGCUGUGAUCACGAUGAAACCGACCAGGAAGUGCGGCUUCGCCAUCGCCGUGAGAGGCAGGCCGAGCUGGACAAUCAGCGAUGCGCCAUUCAAGAGAAGCUUCGCGGUGUCAUCCCCAAACAUGGCGUUGAUGAUGGUGGACUGGUGGCGAUGGAGUCACUGCUGGAUACUUCCCUCGUACACCUCUCCUCGAUAUCAAAACAAGCCCAAUCGGCAUUACUAGGUCUUGUCAGAGUUAUUGUGGACAACAGCAGCAGGUCGUCAGUCAACUCUGCUCGCAGGCUUGAGCUGUGGGAGCUCCUUCGGCCAUUUGCCACACAGGUGGUGUUCCAUGUUCGGCAACUGGUGGCCGACACACACGAGAUUGUCAGUCAGAACUGCUCGUCUAACACAUGCUCCCUGAUGACUACGAACCAUCUCAACUUGAUGGCGGAUAUGGCUAAAGAGGUUGUUCACGCCUGCAAGGCCGUCGGUGGAUGUGCUGACGCUUCGACCCAGGCACCGUACGACAAGGCUGUGGCCAGCCUGGGACAACAGGCAGAUAUCAUGCGCCUGCUGGUGAGGCAGUGUCGGAGUAUUGUUGUGGCGUGCUGCACAGCCGCUCAGCUGCUUGCAAACUGCCCACAGUGGCCAACCGGGAAGACAUUGCUGCCUGAGAAUCUGUUUGAAACACCACCGGUGGUGUCAAACUCGGUCAUGUACGUCGUGGCAGUUGCAUACACGCGUCUAAUCCAGGCAAGCUUUGAGCAGCGGCUGGACGACCUGGCAGAUCGCGUUGCCGACAUGGUGCAGCCGUCACAGCUGAUCCUCGAAGUCAUUCACUCGUCCGAGGACUAUGCAUUGCUGCAGACCAGUCCACUAUAUACGCGGCUCAGCAAGCUAGAGGAGCUGCUGAAAGGUGACAUAUCGCGGCUGUUCAAAGUCGCCAAGCAGGCUGCAGACCCAUCGGCUCAGAUUGGUGCUGUGUCAACCAUGCUGCUAGCCGCCUGCACUGUGCUCAAGGACUGCUCUCAGCUUCUCAUGGCUGCACAGUGCACAAACAUCCUCAACAACACCGUUCUCACAGGCUGGCAGCUACUCCGAAUGACUUGGUUCUCACGCUGGCUGCAAGACCAACAGGCCGUCAGCAACAGCGACAGCAGCAGCUGCAACAUGCUACCGGUCAUCUCGUCUCACCUGCAGACGGUGCAACACGUACCAGGCCCUCGCAGUGUGGCGAGCAGUGGCAUUGGCUCAUCCACGGCAUUGCACUCGGAGAACGAGCACGAGCCAGUCGCAAGCAAACCGCUCCAGACCGCAGAGUCCAGUACACUGCCUUCCAGAAGAACUACACCGAUGGCCGAUACUAGCGAGGCUGACGAGGCAGAUGACGACAUUGGACGGGUGCACUCCGCCUGCCAGCUACCACCGCAUGACGCAUCGGCCGCUUUGCCAGCCACGCUGUCCAACCUGGUUACCGGCCGGGAGGUGAGCCGGAGCAUGAACAACGUGGCCGCCAGCGACGGGGGGCUGACUGGGUCGUUGGACAACCUCAGCACACUGUCCAGGGAAUGCAGUGCCCUGGACGCGUUCCGCACACCGCAGGCAGCGCGGCAUUUCCGACCGGCCAACGCGGCAGCCACCACGGGCCGCCUUAGCUCCCUUCACGGACUCAGCAAGUCUCGCCAGAGCAUAAUCAGCACGGGAAGCGAACGCUCGUACAACCGCUUUACCAGCCGUGUCAGCCUGGAUUGGUCCGAUGUCUACAACAGUCGGAUUAAGGCAGCGGCAAGCGUCGAAAGCCUUCGGGCGUACCGUGCACCCAUCUCCGAGGCCGGUCUAUCCUUGUCGCGUAACAACCUACUAACAAGUGACUCUGAAGAUGGAGGAAGCCGGCACAGCCUUGCACGACGUCCCGUGCACAGCCGGCCGUCCAGUGCUGGUCGAAUGGCCAACAGCAACCCAACGGCAGGCACCAUGGGGAAACUACAGAAAAUGGAGCAUAACCUCACUGUUAAUAAGGCUGUUGGGAAGGUCUUGGAGAACAUCCUCUUUUCGCUGAGACAAAAGGCAUCACAACUAGAGGCAGAGCUGAACACAAGGGAGGACCACUCCGAGCUCUCCGAGAGCCACGUGCGAACGGCGGUACGACCUAUCAUGGAGUCCAUUGAGCUACUGAUGGAUGAAGCCAGCUCAAUUGAAAUGGGACAGUCGUCGGAGCUGACGAAUCACUUUUCCCAGCUACAGACCUUAGCACAGGUUACCAGUCGACAGCUCAACAAUGCAGUCCGGGGUCGAGUUGUUAACGGUCAAGAGCCGUGGCUGGCAAAGGUCCUUAGUCUCCUGUCGCAGACACGGACAGCAUGCUUUGAAAUGGUAUCGGCGGCUCUGAAAAUUAUCUCUGCUGGGAAGGAGGCCAUAGAGGAUUUUCGAAAACAGAAGAACAUGCCAGGUCCAAAUCAACAAGAUGAAGCUGGGUCUAACCUGAAACGGCGCCAAUCCAGGCUCUAUCCGGCAGAAGAUCGAGAAGAUGAUGAGCUACUGUUUGAAGCCGCACAGGCUGCACGAUCCAUGGGGAAAGACCCUCGCCGAGUACGUGCAGGAAGCAUAAGCCGACUGGUCCAGCGACUGACCUACCACAAGGUAGUUGACACGGAGUUCGCGCAGGUAUUCUACAACACAUUCCACCUGUUCAUGACACCGGAGCAGUUCUUGGAGGAGCUAUUGGCAAGGUUCAACACUCAAGUGCCGGAGGAUGUCACAGAGAAGCAAGACUACAUGAGCAAUGUGAUUAUUCCCGUGCAGCUAAGGGUGUGCUCUGCGCUGAGAGCCUGGCUACGCUAUGAUGGCGCCAGUCUACUGCGGCAGGAGGACUUCUCGAGAAUGCUGACCGACAUAGAUAGAAUGUUUCCAUCGGCUCAUCGGCACAUGCUUGCCUUGAUCAGAAAGUGCAAUGCAUAUUCGUCCGUCAAAUCCUCGCUGACCGCUGAUUACAGCACCUACUCAUCCACACGCAUGCAAGUACAUCACCUGCGUGGCGGCGGUUUGGGCCUGCUAUCCGCUGGUGAGCCGUCGCGCGGCCGUCAGAUGGAGGAGAGUGACAGGGACACUGACGUCGACGAUUACUUUGCGCAUCAGCAAGCCGCUUUGAUCGACACGUCGGCAGAGGCAUGUGCCCGAGCAAAGCACUGGCUGGAGUUUGAGCCACAGCUCAAGUCCACCAAGCCUCCGGAAGAAAUAGCCAGAAUCAUCACACAGCUGGAUUGGCAGCAGUUCGGCAAAGUCAUGAGGAAGGAGUGGUUUGCAGCUGCAAGGGGAGAGGAUGCACCAAACUUUGACAACUUUCUCAACUACAGUGCAGAGAUUUCCAACUGUAUCACGUCAGCUAUAGCUGAGACCACUGACACUGCGUAUGCAUCAGCGUGCCUGCGUUUCUUUGUCAACAUCUCACAGCAUUUGCUUGAUCUACACAACUACCACUCGCUGUACACCUUUGUCAGUGCACUGGUUCUCAAGCUUGGCCAGGAGAAGGUAGAAUCAGACAUGAUGGACUCGAGCAGUGGGGCAGCCGCUCUUGUGGAGCUUGUCAAGUUUUGCUCCUACGCCAACGACUACGCUGUCUAUCGGGAGGCGCUCGAUGCCAAUCAGGACAAGUUUGCUAUUCCUAUACUCGGCGUUAUAGUUGCCGAUAUGCAAGCUGUUGAGAAGGACCAGACGGACACCGUAUCGCCGGAAGCGGCGGCGAGCAACUCCGACAGUGAUGAGCGCCGGCCGAUCAGUCUGGUCAACAUCCGCAAGUUCCGCGCACUGAGCACCAUCUUCCAGGCCAUAAGCCACAUGCAGAGCAACUCGGCGCACGGCAUCAUGGAGCAAGCGGUCAGCGUACUCUGACCCAGCUGUAGCAGCAAUAGCAGUCCAAGAAGCGCCGCUCAGCCUAUCAUUUGUGUCACCACUUGUCUGUACAAGCUUCAGCAAUGAGGGCAGAGAUGUUAGGUUGAAGGAAGUCAGCUAAUGUAUAAAAAAGCUAGUAUUUAAAGGGAUGAACAAAGCACAAACCAAAAAACACAAAUUAUCAUAGACCGUUGAGAAUCCGUCCAUAGAUGAGCAAAAAAAAACACAGCAGACCAUCAUACGUAUAGAACCAGCAUGCAUUUUGCACAGGCAAUAAUUAACCAGUUGAAACAGCUGACAGUGUUAUUCUAGUGUCAUGUUCUCUAUCUUGCAUACUUCUCACAUGACUAGCAUAACUUUCACUUGAUAGCCUUAGCUAGUCUGUCACUGCAGUAAAUAGACUUAGCUGCUCACCAAAAGAAUCUUUUUAUUUCGAUUGCCAUUGAAUUGAUUGUUCUGUACAUUUGCCGAUUAGGGCAGACACUAAACAAAAUAUUUAAUGCCAUAUUGAUGAUCG